AGUAAAUACCCUAACCCUAAAUAAUGUUUUAUUCUCUUCUCCCAAGCCCAGUCACCCUCCUCCCGAUUUCUGCCCUUCCUCCUCCCCGAUUCUGCUCUCCCUUUCCACCAAUUCCAAAGUUGCCGACGCCUACCGCCCCUCUCUCCGCCGCCAUCAAAGCUGUUCGAUCUCCCUCCUUCACCGACCACCCCUCUUCAUCGCCGCUGUUGGUUUGAAAGGGGUUACUUACCGACCAUUCACAUACUCACCCCUUACCCACCAGCUUUUUACACGUGAUGAGGAUUUCUAUAAGCUUGAUGAUGAAGCAAAGGAGGGUGACGAUCGAGAGACUAUUAGCCAGUUGAACUUCUUUUUGUAGUCGGGUUUAGUUUGGACACGUUGCUACCGAUUCUUUCUUUCAUGAUGUUUUUAUUAAUUGAACUAGAGUUUAGCAUUGGUGUUGUCUAUUUUUCAGAAACUAGUGUUGGAGUUGUUUUGUCUGGUUUUGGAGUUCAGUUGUUCUUGGUGGUUUAAUAAAGUUGAAUGUAUCUAGUUUGAGUGUAAAUAUGCUCAAUUGGUUUAUUGUUACUCGAUUUCGUUCCGGAGUGUGGUUUUGGGAUUUAAUCCCUGUCCAAAGGCUGGCCGUUAGUUUCCAAAAUACCUCUUCCUUUUUUUUUUCUUUUUUUUUUCCUAAAAAAAGAAAUAACUUCUCAUUAAUUAAAUGAAAAAGAACAUUCCUAUUCUCUUCUUCGUUUUUGUUUGUUGUUGUGUUUGCCAUUUUUUGAUUGUUUUUGAAACGAUGGAACGUACUGAAUUUCUUGGUUAUCUUAUUUAUAAGUCGCAAGUUGUCAUGAUCUAUCUUUGGCUACAUUUUUGGGCUUCUUUUUUUUAUGCACAUCUUUAUGAUAGUCGAGUUUCUGAAUAUAUGGAAAUCUUUAAAUUUCUGGAGAUCUUGUUGUGAUAUUUUGCUUGUCUAAUCUCUCUCUCUUUUAUUGGGAUCUGAUUGUUUUUAGUGUUUUUAAUGCCACGAGAUGUUAUGUAUUCCUUUGUUUUCUCUAAUGCCACAAGAUGUUUGGUUCCGGUCAAUUACUUGAAUCUGAAUAUUCUUUUGCAUCGUAGUUAUUGGAUUGAUUUUUGGAUCAAUUCUUCUAGACUGAUUCUCGGUGGGGAAGAUGGGAACCAAGUAUGUCCAUAAGAGUGCUAAGUACAAGACCUCAAUUAAGGAUCCUGGCACGCCCGGCGUUUUGGAAAUGACAGAGUGGAAAUUCAUAUUUAGACCCAGCGAUCCCACUUCAGCUUCUAAGCUUGAUGUGGAGUUUAGAUUUAUUAAAGGCCACAAAAACACUAAGGAAGGAUCAAAUAAACCACCGUGGCUUAAUCUCACCAGGGACCAGGGUGGAAGUAUCAUUUUUGAGUUUAAAAAUUUCUCAGAUCUUCAUGUUUGCCGUGAGUUUGUAGGAAGUGCUUUAGCAAAGUCGGGAGAGGCUGCACAAGCUCCACCUGAGAGGCCUGUGGCGGCAUUUCCUCAUGAACAGCUCAGUAAAUCAGAAAUGGAACUCCGAAUGAGAUGUUUGCAAGAGGAUAGUGAACUGCAGAAACUCCAUAAACAAUUUGUGAUUGGUGGUGUGUUGACUGAAUCUGAGUUUUGGGCAGCAAGGAAGAAAUUACUGGAACGGGACAACUCCAAAAAGUCAAAACAACUGAUUGGUUUUAAGAGUUCAAUGGUUUUGGAUACCAAACCAAUGUCUGAUGGUCGGACAAACAAGGUUACAUUUAAUUUGACACCGGAGAUAAAAUAUCAGAUUUUUGCCCUGAAACCAGCUGUUCACCAGGCAUUCCUUAAUCAUGUUCCCAAUAAGAUGUCGGAGAAAGACUUCUGGACAAAAUAUUUUAGAGCAGAGUACCUUCAUAGUACAAAAAAUUCUAUUGCAGCUGCAGCAGAGGCUGCUGAAGAUGAAGAACUUGCCCUUUUUCUGAAGGACGAUGAGAUAUUGGCUGCUGAAAUUCGGAAAAAGAUUCGGCAUGUUGAUCCUACACUGGAUUUGGAAGCUGAUCUAGGAGAUGAUUACACACACCUUCCAGAUCAUGGAAUCUUUCGUGAUGGUGGCAAGGAAAUAACUGAAUCACAAAAUGAGCACUAUCGAAGGACUUUGUCACAAGACCUUAAUCGUCAAGGUGCAGUUGUUCUUGAGGGCAGAACUAUAGACGUGGAUUUGGAAGAUCCUAGGACAGUAGCGGAAGCACUCGUGCAGUCUAGACAUGCGGUAGAAGGAAAUGAGAAGCAGACAGCACUUGAUAGGAUCUCUAGGAUGACAGCGAUUGAGGAUCUUCAAGAACCUCAUAGCCAUCCUUUUGCUCCUCUUUGUAUCAAGGAUCCUCGAGAUUAUUUUGAUGCUCAACAAGCAAAUGCCAUUAAGACGUUGGAUGAUACACGAGCUGGAAUGCAACAAACUAAAUGCAGUUUGAGCACUACAGAAGCAUAUUGCUCACUGAGGGAAUCCAUAUCUGAGAUCAAAUCUUCUGGACUGAAUCAUCCCAUAAUUAAACCUGAAGUUGCACUUAUGGUUUACAAUGGAUUAACUCAAAAUAUUUCUAGUACCAAAUAUCAACUAGGGAAAAACCCUCAGGAGAGUAUUCUGGAGAGUUUACCGAACCCUACUAAGGAGGAACUUCUACAUGUGAGCAGGUUGAAGGAUGCCAUGUCAAAAAUCUAUCGACAGUUGGAGGAGAUUAAGGAAACUGUGAUGGCGGAUUUCCGCCACCAAGUAUCUCUUUUGGUUCGUCCAAUGCAUCAGGCUCUGGAUGCUGCAUUUCAGCAUCAUGACGCUGACUUACAAAAGAGAUCAGUAAAGAGUGGAGAAAGGCCUAACGGAUACACUUGAGACAAAAUCAAUAUAGAAACUCCCUUUCACCCCACUGAGUUCAUCUUCAGAUGAAAUUUUGCCGUGGACAGCCAUCAUCAUGUGUUGGACAAGUUUUUAUUUCUGCAUUCAAUGUGCCUAAUCUAUUGCCUUCAGUAGUAAACAAUGGCAAUUUUUAAUUUUAUAAUCCAUGGUAAUUAUUUCUCCACAUAGAACAAGCAUUAAGAGUUGUAUUAUUAUAGCCACUCUAACUUUAUAUAAUGUUAUGGGAUAGUACAAAAUAAUCAUCUUCAUUCA